AGCAGCGUCUCCAGCGUCUCUGUACGUGGCCCCUCCCACCAGAGCAGCACAAAUGAAGACUUGUCUCUUUCCAAACGCUCUUAAAGGACGAUCGUUUUGACUGUUGACCGUGACACCCUCAUCAGAAAAAUGUCCAACAUGAGAAAAGUGGAGCCGAGUGCAGGAUUUUACAACAAAAAUGGACUUAUUCCUGUUUACAGACAAGUUCAUGUUCAAACUUUGUGUUGAAAUUGCAUUUAUCUUAAAGUUUCAGGUUGUUCAUAAUAUUAUAAGAUUUUGUAAAAGAAACAGUUCAUCAGUUAAAAAAGAUUUCUGUAAUAGAUUUGUGUUUCUCUGCGCAAAUAUUUGAACUUAUUGUUAUUUUUGGGGUUUAUAUGACAUGAGUUUUCUGAUCCGGACACUUUGGGAUCAAAGUCGGUUGGAUUCGGCCCCCGGACCAAAAUGAGUUUGACACUGCUGUUCUAGAGACUCACGUGUUGAUCACAUGAACAUUUUACACAGAAAUCGACCGACUUUACAUCAGAUUUUAGCAGCAAAACUUUUCUCAAAUAGUCAGAAGCCUAGAAGCCCUAGAGCAAAGGAUCAUGGUCUCUGUAGUUCCGUGUGAGACGUGUGAGAUGUUUGUUCACCUUUAUUGGACCUCGUGCCUGCAGGGGGCUUCUCUUCUCGUUUUUUAUUCCCUCCUACGAUGUGACAUUCCAGAGAGCGGUAAAACUCCGAGGAUGCGUCCGUGUCGUUGAAGGAGACGAAGACGGAGACGGAGACGGACGAGUUGGAGUACGACGUCUUGAGCUGCGGAUGGUUUUUGGGCACCUCUUCUCCGUUGAGCUGCCAUUCUAAAGAUGGAUUUCUCUGAGGUCUACAGUGACUCCGUGGGCAGUAUCUCGGCGGCUGCUCGGUCCGGGUCUUUGGUCCGAGUCCGGGACCUGGUUCAGUCCGGACUCAGUUUGGACGUGAAGGACAACCGGGGCUGGACCUGCCUCCACGAGAGCGCUGCUCAAGGGCACAAGGGCUGCGUGAGGGAGAUCCUCCGAGCCGCCGCCUCGUCGUCGUCUCUGGAUUUCCAGUCGUUCGUGGACGUUCAGACUCACGAGGGAGAAACGCCGCUGUUCCUCGCCGCUCAGAACGGACGCCUCUCUGUCGUCAAACUCCUGCUCCGAGCCCGAGCCCACGUCAACCUGCAGACCAACGACCUGUCCAGCCCCCUGUACACAGCGGUGGACAGAGGUCACACAGAGGUCGUGCAGCUGCUGCUUUUGAAAGGAGCUGAGGUGAACCGGAGCCACACCGCCUCCUGCUGGACGUGUCUGCACCAGGCCGUCUACAAGGGUCACAGUGACAUCGUGGAGCUGUUGGUCUCAGUUUGUGACCUGGAGUCUAAAGACGAUCACGGCAUCACUGCUCUGUUCGUGUCGGCUCAGUACGGACGCUCCCGCUGCCUCAGGAUCCUCAUCGCCGCAGGAGCGUGUGUGGACUCUCAGGCGUCAGACGGAGCUUCUCCUCUGUUCUUGGCGUCUCAGGAGGGACAUGAGGCGUGUGUGUCUGAGCUCCUCUGUCACGGCGCAGAUCCAAACCUGAGCUGCAGCGCCGAGUGGAACCAGCUCCCUCUGCACGCCGCCGCACAGUUUGGACACACAGGGAUCCUGCAGAAGCUGAUCCCGCUCACAGACCGCUCCAUAGGCCACGCCCCCGGACAGGUGAGCCCGCUGUACCUGUGCGUGCAGAGUGACCAGAGGGGGGCGCUGCAGCUGCUCCUCCGGGAGGGCUUCAGUCCAGACGCCCAGGACUGUGAAGAGCUGCUGGGCCUGAAGUCUCCUCUGACCCAGGCCGUGUCCCUGACUCUCACCGACCACCGCCGCGGUCUGGACUCGGUGAGGAUUCUUCUGUCGGCUGGAGCUUCAGUCCUCAGGGAGACCUGGGCUCUGGUUUUAAAAUCAGACCAACCGGACCUGCUCCAACUGAUCCUGGACUUUAGGACUUUCCCCGGACUUUCACCCCACUGCCAGGUCUCUCUUGGUCCUGGUCCUGGUCCUGGUCCCGGUCUCAGUCCCGGUGUUGGGUCCAGGAGGUUCUUGUCGGAGCAGGAGGUGCAGGCUCUGCUGGAGGAGGCCGUGGGUCAGACUCAGACGGGGCUGAUGUGGAUCCCUCUGCUGCUGAACGCCGGACUAGAACCGAACACCCUGAUGGACCAAAGAACGUGCUCAGAGGCUCCUGGUCCCGUCCUGAACCUCCUGCUCCAGAACUUGGACUGGUCCGGUCUGGGUCCAGAUCUGAGACUCGUCCUGGACCGGAGACGGACCGAGCAGACCUGGGUCCCUCUGCCGCUCUUCGAUUCCGUCCCCAGUCUUUUUCACUUGUGCAGGUCGAGCAUCAGAAAACUUUUGGGUUCGGCUUCGUUGAUGAAAACUACAAUUUUACAGCAGCUUCCUGUUCCUGUUUCGUUACAUCACUUCCUGCAGUUCAGAGACGUCCAAUCAUCAGCUGACGUCUCCUCUGCACAGAAACACUGAAAUCUGAAAUAUCUCUUAUAAAAUAAAACAAAUUAAUUUCACUAA